GUUUGAUCGCUGAAGUCAUUCUCUAUUCUGAAGGAUUCGAGUCCUCGAAAAACUUGGCCUUGAAAAUGACUCAGAUGUACAAAUUAUGCAGCGAACAACUAUCACAACAAGAUCACUACGAUUUCGGAAUGCGAGCGUUGAAAUCUGUCCUGGUCAUGGCCGGUUCUUUGAAACGACAAAAUCCUGAUAAACCGGAAGAUGUGGUCCUGAUACGCGCAUUGCGUGAUAGCAAUUUGCCAAAAUUCCUAAAACAGGAUGCUGUACUGUUCACGGCUAUCCUGCAAGAUUUGUUCCCCGGGGUCACAUUGCCGGAACAUGAUUACGGUCGCUUUUUGGCCGAAAUCCAGUCCGUUCUUCAAUCCAUGGGUUUACAAGUUGUCCCGGCUCAAGUCACUAAAGUGAUUCAAUUUUUCGAAACCCUGUUAGUUCGUCACGGUGUCAUGUUAGUCGGACCGACUGGGGGUGGAAAAACCACGGUAUAUCGUGUACUGAUCAAAGUGUUGACCAAUUUACACGAUGCUGGUCUAUCUAGUGAAGUGCCCGAAUAUCAACCGGUCAAAACGUAUGUUCUCAACCCGAAAGCGAUCACAAUGGGUGAAUUGUACGGGGAGGUGAACAAGCUCACGCUGGAAUGGCACGAUGGACUGUUGGCCUCAAUCGUGAGACGCACGUGUGUGCUGAUAUUGAAUGUGCUCUGUUCGCUUGCCUCAACCCAGGAUCUAACAGAAGAUCAUCAAUGGGUGAUUUGUGAUGGGCCUGUGGACGCACUGUGGAUUGAGAAUAUGAACACCGUACUGGACGAUAACAAAAUGCUCUGUCUGGCCAAUUCCGAGCGUAUCAAACUGACCAACUAUGUUCACAUGCUAUUCGAAGUGCAAGAUUUGGCUGUGGCUUCUCCGGCCACUGUCAGUCGUUGCGGCAUGGUCUAUGUGGAUCCCGAGGAACUAGGCUGGAUGCCAUAUGUUCAGACAUGGAUGUCCACGAUAGAGGGGAAAUUGACUCCGGCAGUUCGGGAUUAUUUGCUCAACUUAUUCAACCAUUACGUGGAUCCGUGUCUCAACUUUGUGAUGCAUGAAUGCACUCCAAUCAUUCCCCAGGACCUUGCCCAAACGUUAGCCGGAACUCCAAUCGAGGUGGAACAACCCCGAUUUGAGGAACUGGAUAACUUGGUUGCGGAAAUUCGGUUGAAACAACUAUUGUGGGAUUCACUGGAAGAAUGGGAUGCGCUAAAUCAGGAAUGGAUGACAGCCGAUUUUCUCAAAAUCGAUCCCGAAGAAUUGUCCAACAUUACAAACAAAUAUACCAAAUCGGUUACGCAAUUGGAGAAGGGAUUACCUCCAAACAAUGUGGUUCCUUUGCUCAAAGAGAAAGUGGACGGGAUGCGAGAAAAAGUGAGGAAUAUGCCGGCCAUUAUGGAUUUGCGCAAUCCGACCUUGAAACCACGACAUUGGCAACAAUUGGAAGCAUUGAUCGGAUUCAAUUUGGCCGAGAUGGAAGAACCGCUCAGUUUGGGUUUGCUCACUAGUCUGAAUGCGUUCGACCACAGUGCGGCGAUCCAGGAAGUGUCCAGUCAAGCCAGUUCGGAAGCCAGUUUGGAACUGUUGUUGAAAAAGGUGGAAGAUGCGUGGAAAUCGACCGAAUUUACUGUCAUUCCGUACAAGGAUAGCAAAGAUGUCUUCAUUGUCGGAGGCACAGAUGAAAUUCAACAAUUGUGGGAUGAUUCCAAUAUCAACAUCGCCACAAUCGCCUCAUCUCGUCACGUGGGUCCGAUCAAAUCACGUGUCGAAGAAUGGCAAAUUCUGUUGGACUUGUUCGGAAAAACUCUGGACGAAUGGCUGCAAUGUCAACGGAGUUGGCUCUAUUUGGAAAGCAUUUUCUCCGCUCCGGAUAUUCAACGUCAAUUACCGAGCGAGGCAAAAAGUUUCAUGGCCGUGGACAAAUCGUACAAGGAUGUAAUGCGUAAAGUACAAAAAGUUCCCCUGGCCAUGCACGAACCAGUGUACACCAAUGAUAUUUUGGCCAUGCUUUCACCUGAAGGCGAACGUGUUGCCUUAGGAAAGAGGCCGUCCGCUAUCGAUCACGAAGAGAAUUAUGAUUUAGUUGAACAAGCUCAGAUACAACAUUCGCGUGGUGAGUCAACCCUCCCAGAUGAUGCCAGCCAAUCACCUACGCCACUGGUCUACUUCAAAUUAUAUGCACUUUUUUCACUGACUUUUAAGGGUCUGAAAGCACGUGGCAAUGUGGAAGACUGGUUGGGCAAAGUAGAAGAGGCCAUGUUUACCAAUUUGCGUAAACUGAUGAAAGUAGCCAUACACAGCUUUGAGAGUAGUGAACGAGACGAAUGGCUCCGGUCCCAUGCGAAUCAAAUUAUUCUCACUGUGGAACAGUUGAUGUGGUCACGUGAUAUCACACUGAUUCUGGAAGAUCCAUUUCCCGAGGAUCGUUUGGAGGGUUUGGAAGAGUAUGAGAAAAAAUGUUUUCAGGAACUGAACAAAUUGGCUACCAUGGUCCGGGGUGAAUUACCCAAACUGCUUCGUGCGUUACUCUGCGCGUUGAUUACCAUCGAUGUACACGCACGUGACAUGGUCACUGAACUGGUGGCCAGUAAAGUGGACUCGUUGACCAAUUUCGAUUGGCAACGUCAAUUACGUUACUAUUGGGACGAGGAUGUGGACACAUGUGUGGUCCGUAUGGCAAACGCGUGCUACACAUACGGAUACGAAUAUUUGGGCGCAUCACCUCGACUGGUGAUCACUCCACUCACAGACAGGUGCCCUGUAGAUGCAUCACCGCAAAUCAGCUUGUUUGCUGUGACACUUUUCUUACAAUUGUACAAUGAUGUUAUAUUCGGACAAUUGCUCUUUUUAUUGAAUUUCUUGAUCUUCCGAUUUCUGAGUAGUUCUCGAAAUUCGGUCAUGACUGAAACUAAUACAUGUUAUCUGUGUCUGAUGGGUGCGCUCCAAUUGGAUCUAGGUGGAGCUCCAGCUGGUCCGGCUGGGACGGGAAAAACGGAGACGACAAAAGAUUUAUCCAAAUCCGUGGCCAAACAGUGUGUCGUGUUUAAUUGUUCCGAUGGUUUGGACUACAAAAUGAUGGGUCGAUUCUUUUCCGGUUUAGCUCAGUCCGGUGCAUGGUGUUGCUUUGACGAGUUCAAUCGAAUUGAUAUUGAAGUGUUGUCUGUGAUUGCGCAACAAUUGAUCACCAUCCGGAACGCAAAAGCGGCCAAAGUGAGUAGUGUCACCUCAAUUCCGGUAGCGAAUUUGUUCUCUGUGGAAAUUUUCAACAUUCAACAUGAACAUUCAAAUUUUUGUGGUGUUUUAUGUGCACUUUGA